CAGUUUUACUUCGGAGGCGAUUAGUUCAUAUCAACUGAGCAGUGACUUACGCAAAAAAAAAUAAAUAAAAAAACACAAUAUUUGUUUGUACAAAAUUUAAGCAGUUCGAGUGUUUCGUCUUUUCUGAGAAAAUGAAAUUUGUCAUUUUGUUGGCUUUGUCGCUAGCCGCGUUGGCCAACGCUCAGCAUGCGAGCAACACACAUCUUGUUUGCUACUACGAUGGCAAUAGUUAUGUGCGUGAAGGUCUCUCCAAGCUCACUACCAAUGAUUUAGAACCGGCACUGCAAUUUUGUUCUCACCUCGUCUACGGUUAUGCCAGCAUCAGUCCGACGUCAAACAAACUUGUCAGCAGUAAUGAGAAACUUGAUCUGGACAUCGGCUCGGGCCUGUAUCGCACCGUAACUGGUUUCAAGAAGAAGUUUCCCCAUUUAAAGGUUUUGUUGAGCAUUGGCGGCGACAAGGACGAAGUAGAUCCUGAUAACAACAAGUAUUUGACACUCCUGGAGAGUUCCAACGCACGCAUACCAUUCAUAAAUAGCGCUCACUCGUUGGUGAAGACUUAUGGUUUCGAUGGUCUCGACUUGGCCUGGCAGUUCCCCAAGAACAAGCCUAAGAAGGUUCAUAGCGGUAUUGGCAAAUUUUGGAAGGGUUUCAAGAAAAUUUUCACUGGAGACUUUGUGGUUGACGAGAAAGCUGAGGAGCAUAAAGAGGAAUUUACAGCACUUGUGCGUGAGCUGAAAAAUGCUUUCCGUCCAGAUGGCUUUUUGUUGGGUCUGUCUGUCUUGCCCAAUGUAAACUCUUCGCUUUUCUACGAUGUGCCAGCCAUUGUGAACAAUUUGGAUUACGUCAAUUUACAUGCCUAUGACUUCAAAACACCAGAACGUGAUCCUGAAAUAGCUGACUUCCCUGCACCCAUCUAUGAACUGAAUGAGCGUAAUCCUGAAGCGAAUGUAAAUUUCCAAGUUCAAUAUUGGUUAAAUAAUCAUUGCCCUGCCACUAAAAUUAAUGUCGGUAUUGCCGCCUAUGGUCGUGCCUGGAAAAUGACUAAAGACUCUGGCCUCACUGGUUUGCCACCAGUGGUUGAAACCGAUGGCGUUGCACCAGCAGGCACACAGACUCAGAAACCCGGCUUGCUUAGCUGGCCUGAGGUAUGCGGCAAAUUGCCAAACCCAGCCAAUCAGCAUUUGAAGGGCGCCGACGGUCCAUUGCGCAAGGUGGGCGAUCCAACUAAGCGUUUCGGCAGCUAUGCCUACCGCUCGGCCGAUGACAAUGGCGAAAAUGGCAUUUGGGUGGGUUAUGAUGAUCCCGACACUGCUGCCAAUAAGGCGGCCUUUGUGAAGUCCAGAGGUUUAGGCGGCGUGGCUUUGAUAGAUUUGUCAUUCGAUGAUUUCCGUGGUGCUUGUACAGGCGACAAAUAUCCCAUCCUUCGUGCCAUCAAAUUCAAAUUGUAAAUUAAGCGAGUGAACAAAAGUUACAUUACGAAAUAAUGUUGUUAAAAGUUCUUACCCAUUUUUAAGUUUUCGUUUUUUUUUUGUAUUUUGUUCUUAUGUUUUGUUUUUAAGUCUCAUUAUCGAAUGGAUGUAACACGUAUUAUCACAUUAACAAAAAUAUAACAUACGAAAGUUUGAUAAAAAUA